AUGGAUCAACCCACAUCUACGGCAACGGCUCUUGCCAGCCACAAGCUGAUCCUCCUCAGCCCGUUUGCGCUUCCGGAUGACUGCGUCCCCACGCUGACAAAGACUUUCCCGGGACUCGAGGUGGUCGCGCGCUAUCAGCCAUGGGAUAGACAGACGACAGACCUGCCAGAGGAGGAAUGGCGGGAUGCGACGAUCCUGGCCACGGGCAGCAUGCUGCCUGAUGCUGAGCUGGCACCCAAGUUGCAGUAUGUUCAGCUAUUCAGCGCCGGGGCCAACCACCUGGCCGAGCACGCCGUGUUCAAGGACCACAAGGUCGUCUUUUGCGGCGCCAACGGCGUUCACGGGCCGCAGAUUGCAGAAUGGGUCAUUGCGACCUAUCUGAGCGCCAAGCACAGAUUGGCAGAGUAUCGCCAGCUGCAGGAGCAGAACGAAUGGCGCCAUAACAGCAACAACCUGGACGAGGCUGUGGAAGACUCUGUUGGGCGCUGCGUAGUCGCGGCGGAGAACGACGCGUACCAGCCGCACGGGCUGGGCGACCCGGCCGGCGACCUUCCGGACCGCUGGUUUGCCGGCACGACCAAGGCCGAUGUGCACGCCUUUCUCGGCUCUGGUCUGGAUCUGCUCGUCGUCGCGCUGCCGCUGACAGAUCGCACGCGCGGGCUCAUUGGCGCCGACGAGCUCGACCUCCUCGCCCGCCAUCGGCCUGCUGGCACUAGCUCUGGCUCCGGCUUCUUCCUCUCCAACAUUGCGCGCGGCGCCGUCGUCGACACGGACGCGCUCAUCGCAGCCCUCAACGACGGCCGCAUCGCCGGCGCCGCCCUCGACGUCACCGACCCCGAGCCGCUCCCCCCCGGACACCCGCUCUGGUCGGCCAGAAACGUCACCAUCACGCCGCACGUCAGCGGCAGCUCGACGCGCUACCUCGCUCGCGUCCUGGACAUCCUUACGAUCAACCUGGGCCGACUCCGGGCAGGACAGGCGCUGCUGCUGAACCAGCUGGACAAGAAGGCCGGAUACUAA